AUGUGGAUAUCCAGAUUUAACCAUUCGAACCAGUUUAUGAACGAUUUCAUUCCAGGUCAGAUUCCUAAGGAGUUUGGGAAGAUGAAAAGAAUGUUGAAUUUGUCUUUGGCUGAUAACCAGCUUUCUGGUAUUAUACCUCCAGAGAUCGGAUCUUUUGAACUCAUUGAAGUACUUGAUUUAUCUACAAAUAGAUUAAACGGGUCGCUACCAAUAAGUAUCGGUCAAUGGGAACAUAUUUAUUACUUGAAUCUUAGUAAUAACAAGCUCGGUGAGAAAAUUCCAUCUGAGAUUGGUAAAUUAGUUCAACUUACAAAACUUGAUUUAUCUCAGAAUUUUUUGUCAGAUGUGAUACCAUCUGAAAUUCAAGGUUUGCAAAGUUUGCAAAAAUUGGAUCUUUCUCACAAUAGACUGUCUGGUUCUAUUCCUAACGCUUUUACAAGGUUGCCACAUGGGAUUGAUAUCAACCUUUCUUACAAUGAGCUCUCAGGCCCAGUUCCCCAAAGCCCCAACUUUGUGAAUGCGUCCAUAGAAGGCAAUCCAGGUGUUUGUGGAAAUAUUACUGGAGUGAAACUUUGUGCAGAUCAAAUGAUUGAGAAGAAAAACAAUCCCUCGCAUCAUGGGGUCAUCCUUGUAUUAUCUUCCCUCUUAUCGGGGCAGCUGUUUUACUUGGUUUGUUCACAUAUGGCCUCAUUGCUUAUCGACAACAAAAGAAAAGGUCUCCACAUAAACCAUUGGACGAAGAAAGCAGAGAUUAUUUUUCCAUUACAAGUUUUGAUGGAGGAGUAG